AUUCUGGGAUAAGAAUUUACGCCAUGUUGGUAGUCGCCGUCUGAAUCUGCUAGUAUUUACAUUUUGCCUGCUAGUGAAGACCUAGAGGAAUAGUUGCGGUCAAGCUUGAAAAUCACCGUCGUGCGCCAGUAUGAGUCCAGUGGAGACGAAGAAAGCCAAGAGGAGAAAAAACAAGAAGGUGGCACGUUCGCCUGCGAAAGCUCCGAUUGAAGGCGUAGGCAUGUCUACUAGAGUUGGCAGUGCUAAUCCCAGUAGUCGCCAAAACGAAAAGGAUGCAGAUCCACUUGGGUUGCCACCAACACUGACUUCUGCUUGUGGACCUAAGGACAGCCUGCCUGCUUGCAUUAUCUGUUCCAAACCCUACCCAGUUGGAUCCCCCACUGGGUUGGAAAACAAAGAUGGAGUGGAUUUUUUUGGGCCGGAAGCUGUUUGGGUGUGCAGUGAAUGCAGAGAUAAUCUGCCUUCGGAGGAACUCUUAGGUGAAGAUAUUGAUCUGUCUGCAUUGAGGGAUGGCACCUUGCCUAAGGAGCUGCUGAACAUGGCUGAUGAGCUAGAGGCCUCAGCGUGCAUGUGUGAGCCGUACCCAGGCUGGAGGGCGCCGGAGGCAGAGGUGGUGCGGGAGCAGCAGGAGCUUCGGCAGUGCUGGCAGGGUGUGAAGCAAGCCCUACACCAAGCCUACCAGCAGGCAGGGCUGAGCCUGGGCGAAGCCCUUGCCCGGCAGGUAGCGGCCUUUCGGGACGAGCGGGCCACGCCCUCGGAAGCCCAAGUGCGCAGCAUGGUGUCACGCUUGCGUCGGCGCGACCCCCAUCGGCUUCUGCAGUGCCUCAAGUACCAGGCGCAAUUGUUCAUUGUCGAGUCACGCCUACGCAUGUUGCACCAUGUGGUGGCUUCCACCACGUCGACGGAAAGCUCCCACGGGUCACGACUCGAGGACUCGCUCGUCGCCGAGUACACCAAGCUGCGGCACGCCUGGGAGGAAUUGAAUCCUCUGCUCGAGGAGCUGGUGACGCUGGACCUUAAUAAGUAUGGCUUGUCCUGGGAGCUAGUGAACAAGUACUUGUUCCAGGCCAUUGUCUAUUCAGACCCUGCUAUUCACAAAUGUCUGCCUGACCUCCUUACACAAAAGCAUUCGGUAAAGUUCAAGCAGGACCACAAGGCAUUGUUGGAGUUAGACAGUGAAAUGGCCCUAACAACUAUCAUCUGGCGCAAAGUUCAGCAGUUGCUGGAUGAGCCUGUUCAGUUUGAGCUUGCAACUCUCCCCAAGCAGCAGCAGAUGCUCCAGGCACAAUGGGAAAGGCUGGCUUCAGGCUGGAAAUCCUUAGACCCAGAGUUUCUUGCCAAGACUGCGGGCCUCCUGGCAGGGGACCUGGCUGCGGAGGAGUGUAGCGGGAUGCACGAGCGACACGCCUGUUGUCUCGGAACCCCGGGGUCGGAAGCUCAGUGUCCUUUCGCCGAGGCGGGGCUUCUGGGGGCAGCUGGGGAGCCAUCUGCCAUGACACACCGGUCGUCUGCGCUGGCGUUGCACGGGGCCCUCUGGGCGCAUGGGGGGGACUCCUGUGGGCCCGGGGUAGACCCCACAACGACAGCGGCACCUCCGGAUGCGUUGGCAGGCACCAGCAGCUCCCUCAAGAAGGCACGCCUUAGGGACACCACGGCGUCGGAGGCGUGCGAGUGCCACGCCUGCACGCCGCUGCAGUGGCCGCCCGCCCCGCCUCUGCCACUACCUCCCCCGAGCCAGCAGCCGCUGAUCCACCCACACCUAUACGGGAGCCCCGGCGUGCCCCGCACCAUCAACCUGGAGCUGGAGUCUCUAGACACGCUGCAGCAACAGGCCUACCUGGCCACCCUGGGGGACUGGGACGACCCGCACUACAAGUUUGGGACCCCUGCACACCCCAGGCACCCGGGCUCCGAGUCUCCCCAGCUCGUGGCCCCGGCCACAAAGCCUUCGUCUGGCCCUCCCCCGGCACCCCGGGCAUCGCCACCGCCGGUCUCCACUCACCGCCACUCGCAGCAAGGGGCAUGCCUGGACUCUGACUGUGAUAAUGCGUUGUUGGAUGGAGAAGACUCGAUGGACGACACAUGCUCGGAGCACAGUUCAUCAACGACAGCCUCCAAUCAACGAGGUACGGGCGAGAGCAGAGUCUGUGACUGUUGCUACUGCGAAGUGUUUGGACACGGGACACCUCCUGUGGCACCUGUCAGCAAAAAUUACCAAGAGAUGCGCGACCGACUACGGCUCAUUCUCAGCAAGCGUAAGGCAGAGGCAAUGCACAUGGCCAAGGAGCAGCAGCAGCAGCAGCAACACCAAGUGCGGCCUGAAGAUGACAGGGCAGUGGAGGAGCUGCUCAGCUACAUCAAUGGCACAGAUGGAGGGGGUGGCAACAAAGCAUCCACAGCACAGGGGGACCCUGCGUCCUCCGACACUGUGGCCAUGUCUGCAGCUGCUGCCAAGGGGGCAGUGGCCAAGAGGCAGAAGCGCAAGACCAAGAGGAGGGAAGAUUGUGACAAGGUCAAGGAAGUUCCAGAAUCAAAAUCCCAUAGCCCUUCACCUAUUUCAAGGCUAAUAGAAGAGGAAUUGGAAGAAUCAAAGGCAACACUGCUACCUCCCAAGGCAGUGCUGAACAGAAAAGAGGCCCGCAAGGAGAAUGGGAUCCGGUUGACCAAAUGUUCCCAGAACAACAACAGCAGCAGCAACACUGCUAGCAGCUGCAACAGCUGUGUUGUCAGCAUUGCCGAACUGGGCGACAAAGUGCGACCAUCCCUGGGUGGCUCCCCUUGCCCCAGGGUCAGCUCAGGCUCUGCCACAAGCCCGGUGUCAAACGGCAGGACCCCUACCACCUCCAUUUCUGGCAAUGUGUUCAUCAUUGGAGGCCCUAGCCUGCCCUUAGAUUCAUCCUUGGAGAAAGGCGAUGCUUCUAAAAUGGCAGCGGAGAAAGCAGAAUUGACCGUGAAGGCGGUGCCUGCUGCUGCAGCUCCAUCACGAAAUCUAUUUAAGAAGCUACCCCAGAAUGGACAGGAGGCUGAAGUCACUGUGAUGGCACUGCCAAGCAACCACCAGCGAAGCAGCGUUGCAGAGCUACUGCCGACUGUGAAAAAGGAUCUAUGCAUUGCACACCAGCUAAAUGGGGCACAGACAAAAAGCAAGAAGUCAAGGAAGAAGAAGAACUCUUCAACUGAUGUUACAUCUCCAGAUGAUGUGUUCUUACCAAAAGACAUUGAUCUGGAAAAUGGAGACUUGGACGAGCUCGAAAGGGAAGUGGAGGCCUUCAAGAGGUUUUGCUUCAAUUCUGUGCCAGUUGCCAACAAAGAAAAGGUCCAUGUUAACCUGAAAGACAUCUUACAGCGAAGAAAGCAAUCCUCAGCUGCCAUGUUGUCUCAAGGCUUGAUGCAGAGGACGUAAAGUUGCCCUGACCUGUCCCACCCCCCCUUUUUUUUUUGUCCGCCCCAUUUUUCUUCUUUAAUGUUGUGACCCAGUCACAACACAAAAUUAGAGAUUGUCAUGUUUUGAAAGUUCAAAUUGAGACAGUUGUGCUUUUUGGCAUGAAGGCAUUGUUGCGUUAUGAGAGAAGCGUCAUUUAAAGCAUGAUGGAAUAAAAUUUCCAGAGCAACACUAA